UGACGUCAGUGUUACAAAACAGAAACACAACUUAAAGAGACGCUCUGUGUGUGACAGUUCCGGUAGCGAUAUAAACAUGACAGUCUGUUCUUGUGGAUCUUUUCUGUAUUAUGUUUCAUACUAAUGUCUCCUGCAAACGCCGCGAUGCAAGACGAGACUGACGCCGAACAGACCUCUGGGUACUGGUCCUGGUGGCCCUCUUGGAGACCAACAUCCAUGUCGUUAUUGAAAAGUGCCGAAUCUAAAAUUCUUGCCUGUCUCCAGAAUGACGUGUGGUCCAGAUUUGUGACGUUGUCAAAUCAAAACAGAAUAUGGACCCUUAAAGUCACCAACAAAUCAUCCCACAAACACAAAGACCAAGCUGCUAAGACGCCCCUGGUGAUGGUCCACGGGUUUGGAGGGGGCGUCGGUCUCUGGAUCCGUAACCUGGACACUUUAAGUUGCUCUCGACCCGUCUACGCCUUUGACCUGCUGGGCUUCGGUCGCAGCUCUCGCCCCUCGUUCCCGUCUGAUGCCUCAUUGGCUGAGGAGCAGUUUAUUACUUCCAUUGAGCAGUGGAGACAAUCUCUGGGACUGGAGCGCAUGAUCCUAUUGGGCCACAGCCUGGGUGGUUACCUAGCAACAUCCUAUACAAUCCAAUAUCCAGAAAGAGUCAGUCACCUCAUCCUGGUGGACGCCUGGGGUUUUCCUGAGCGACCUCAGCCUCAGUUACAGGGGUCAGGAGGUCAAGGGUCAGAGGUUAAGAGGGUCUCACCCCCUCGCUGGGUCAAAGCUCUGGUGUCGUUGUUCAGCUUCUUCAACCCGCUGGCCGUCAUCAGAGCAGCCGGACCCUGGGGUCCAGGGCUGGUAAACCGAUUCCGUCCCGACUUCAAGAGGAAGUAUGAGGAUCUGUUUGAUGACGACACCAUGACGCAGUACAUUUACCACUGUAACGCUCAGAACCCCAGUGGUGAGGUGGGCUUCAAAGCCAUGUCUGAGUCUCUCGGCUGGGCUAAGAGGCCGAUGGUUCAGCGUGUUCAUCUGCUGCCCCCGUCGAUGCCCGUCAGCAUGCUGUACGGAGAGCGGUCCUGGGUGGAGUCAUCCACUGGAAACACAGUCGCUCAGAUCAGAGGCAAAAGCCCCACCAGCGUCACGCUGAUCGAAGAUGCUUCCCAUCACGUUUACGCCGACCAGCCUGAAGAGUUCAACCGAGUGGUUGAGAGUAUUUGUAAUACUGUAGACUAAAUAAGAUGCACAUUGGUUUGUAGUUGUGGGCAUUUGUAUUUUUGAAAGGUCUGUCCUGGGUUUGUGGGAUCAGGUUGAUGGAAACAUUUAAAGGCAAAGCUGUUCUCAGACCUUGUCAUGUCAUAUUCUGAUUUUACUAUUUGUGGCCUUUACUGUGGAAAUGCUCUGUGAUUGUACUGCAUGAUUUACUGGAAGCUGGUUGUAUUUGUAUUUUCUAACCUAUAUUUCAUUCAGAUUUCUCUACAAUCAUGGACUGAGAAAUCAUCCUUCCUGUUUAACCUGUGUAAUGAAAGCACUGACAAUGUUUGGACAGUCAUAUUGACUAAAAGAUAAUUAAUUAUCCAUUUAGCAUUAUAAAGGAUUGUCUGUUUUUAUAAUGAUCAUAUCUUAAUACACUGCUGUACUUUUAAUAAGAUGUGUCUGCAUAGACUCAUAUAUACUUCUGCAGUGGCCAUUUUUGUUUUUUUUAUGUAUAUAUUUAUAAACGCAUAAACAUAGUUUUAUUACAUUAUAUAUUAUUAUCAUAUAGUAUUUUAACUAUCCCUUUUAAUGUUGUUUAUCAUGACAAUCUUUAAAAAUGAACACAACUUUUAUGAAUCCCGAAGCUUAUGCACCACGGUCACGUGACUUUAACUUUUUCCAUGAAAGGUUGAGUUAGAAAUAAACGAGUUUGCAAGAGCGUGAUCAUAAACACAAAUGAGCAAGUAAAAACGGACUUGUGAGUAGAAGAGUCAACCUCAACAGUCGUACUAUUGCUCAUUAAGUCACUUGAUAGAAUAAAAGCUUAAAUUCAAAAUAAAUCAAGAAUGGUGCAUUACUGUAUAAUGUUGAUUGGAAUAAACGUGAUCGUGAGCUUGUCUUAUCAGACCCUAGUGUUGAAAUGCUAAAUCAUUUUUGUUUGGGACCAGUAAAAUAGUAAUCCAUGCAGAACUCGACUUUGUUUUUGAGAGCUGUUCUCAUUCCUCUUGUAAUUACAAUUAAGUAACACUGCGAGGCGCUAGAUCCAGCAUUUUGCCUUUUGAAAUAAUUAGAUACACACUGAAUUAAAGUGACAUGAAACAGUGCGCCGUAUGCAACCACAAAUGUUUCAAACACUGUACCUAUCUAGUAACAUUGUUACAUCACAAAUGUUUUUUUUAAUCCAAUUUUGUGCUAACAUGGGAAUUUAAUCUACAUAAAAUAGUUCAAUAAAACAAAAAUUAAAUAAAUA